AUGGGAGGCUCAGCACUGCGCAAACGAAGCGCCCCCAAUAGCUCCAAGAGGCAGGAGGAGACGACGAAGGGGACCGCCUCCGACCCACAAGCUGCCACACAGUCCCAGGCAGCAGCUUCGAACGGGACAUCAUACCUCGUGCUGAUCGUGCUCUCCGCGUUUGCGUACCUUGUAUACCGGAACCCCGCCAUAGUGACGGUACCGUGGGCGGAAUUCAUUGGCACAGAAGUGCAAGAGACGGGGCCGAGACUCGCCAAUUUUAGUGCAGAUGUUCCGAAGCGCGACGCCGUAGUGGCGGCAUUCAAGCAUGCUUGGCUAGCAUAUGAGCGGGACGCUAUGGGCGACGAUGAAUACCAUCCCAUAAGCCGCAAGGGCACCAACCUCACAGAAGCCGGCGGCAUUGGUUACACCGUCGUGGACUCAAUAGACACCAUGCUCAUCAUGGGCCUGCACGACGAGGCCACGCGUGCUCGCGACUGGAUCGCGAACAAGAUGACCUUCGAGCGCGACGCCGAGUUCAACACCUUCGAGACAACUAUCCGAGUUUUGGGAGGCCUUCUGUCGGCAUAUGCCCUCACGAGGGAUGAGAUGUACAUCGAGAAGGCGAAGGACCUUGCGGACCGCAUGAUGCCCGCAUUCGAAACACCAUCAGGAUUGCCACUGUCAAUGGUGAAUCUUGCUGCGCGAAAGGGCAUCGCAACCGGCGACAACAAGGGCCUUGUCAGCACGGCGGAAGUCGCGACCCUGCAGCUCGAGUUCCGGUACCUGAGCCACUUAACGGGCAAUGAGAGGUAUUGGGAUGUUGUCGAGAAGGUAAUGGAGACCAUCAAAGGCUCCAGUUUGAACACUGGCCUGGCGUCAAUAUUUAUGAAUCCGGAGGAUGGCCGAUUCGUAAUGUCUGCCAUUCGCCUCGGGUCGCGUGGGGACUCGUACUACGAAUACCUCUUGAAGCAAUAUAUCCAAACUAAUUAUUCGGAACCGGUGUACCAACAUAUGUACGAGUUCGCGAUGGACGGUGUCCAACAGCAUCUCGUUAAGAAGAGCCAAAUGGCACGGUUGACAUACACCUCCGAGCUAAUACCCGAACGCUCUCCUGACGGACAGAUAUCAUGGCGACUUCAACCCAAACAGGACCACUUGAUCUGUUUCUUCGGCGGCUCGCUGAUGCUUGGGGCUGUCACCACGGGCGCGGCGGUCCAACCCGUCUCAAUACCACCACACACCAAGCACCUAAACGCCAAGGGACUCCGCGACUGGAAGACGGGCGUCGAGCUGAUCGAGACUUGCAUGCGUACACACGAGACUGCGACAGGACUCUCCCCCGAGAUCGUCCACUUCCGCGUACCGAAGGACGGGUUGUCCGGGUCGAACGUGCCCGACGAUUGGUACAUCAAGGGAGCAAAACCUGGGGCCCCAGCACCGUACGAUGCGCGAUACAUUCUGCGGCCGGAGACGGUCGAGUCGCUGUUCAUCGCAUACCGCCUGACGGGCGACCAGCGCUACCGCGACUACGGCUGGCAGAUAUUCCAGGCGAUUGAGCGGCACUGCAAGAUCGAGACGGGUGGGUAUGCGAGCAUCUUCAAUGUCGCCGCGGUGCCUGUAGAGCACGAGGACAAAAUGGAGACUUUCUUCAUGAGCGAAACGCUGAAGUACCUAUACCUGUUGUUCGAGGACGACAGCGUCCUGCCGCUAUCAAAAUAUGUCUUCAACACGGAGGCGCAUCCAUUCCCCAUCAUCUACCCGACCCGCCACGCGGCCUUCUGAGCGACCGCCCGCGCCCAUGUAUUGUAGCUGCUAGCUUCGUACACCUAUUCCUGUGUACACGUACCCGCACUAUUACCGCUAUAUAUUGCUAUCUUCGCUGC